AUGGCGAGCAUUGCCGAGUUUGAGCAAGCUUGUGAGAAUGGAGCUUCGAUCCAGGAGGAGUUGCUGGGCGGCAUUCUCCGCAAGACCCAUUAUCUCCAGAAGUUUGGGAGCCCCCAAAGUCUGGCUGCUUAUAAGUCCCAGGUUCCAAUCGUAUCCUACGAGGAUGUUGCCGGAGUGAUUGAAAAGAUUGCUUGCGGGGAAGAGGAUUUCCCGGAGCUUGGAAGUGGAAGAGUGCUCGGUUUAUACUACUGCGGUCAUCAAUCUCAUACCAAGGCGGGUAUCUGGGUGGGAGCUCUCACCACUUACUUGAUCAAGACCUACAGAGGACCGUUUAACAAGUUCACCACUCCGUACGAAAUGAUCAUCUCGGGAUCAAACUGGCGAGAGCUGACGUACUGCCACUUGCUGUGUGCUUUGAUCCAGCGAGACGCGGUGGAACAGAUCGAUGCGAGUUUUGCCUACAUCAUCUCCGAAGCUCUGAAGAUCCUCCAGAGUGAUUGGCAGGAUAUUUGCAAAGACAUAAGAACUGGCAGCUUGAGCAGCGGUAAAGUCACACACCCAAAGCUCCAGGAAGCUUUCGCGACUUUUUUGGUUAACAAAGAGAAUAUUGCCGGAACCGCCGACGCCAUCGCCAAGAUUUGCAGCAGAGAAUCGUGGUCUGGAAUUCUUUCCUUGCUCUUCCCGGGAGCAAAGCUGGUGUCCGCAGUGGUGACGGGGGCGAUGGCACACUUUGUUCCUGAGUUAAGAGAUUACGCAGGUGGCAAGCUUCCAAUCUCCGGAAAAGAUUACUACUCGUCUGAGGGAGUUCUUGGGAUCAACACAAACCCGGCUUCUCCUCUUGAGGACGUCGUCUUCACAAUUUUACCACACAUAAUGUACUACGAGUUUCUUCCGCUCGGUGCUAAUAAUCCAGCUGGUGAAAUCCUGGCUCCACACGAGGUUGUCGUUGGGCAAGAGUACGAGAUCGUCAUCACGAACUUCGCAGGAUUAUAUCGAUACCGAGUCGGGGACGUGGUGAAAGUAUCGAGUUUUUUCCAUGGAGUUCCUCAGCUGGCUUUCAGCCACCGCAAGAACGCGGUUCUGAGCGUCCAAAACGAGAUGGUCGACGAGCAAGAGCUCCAAAAUGUGGUGAUGGAAGUAUCAAAAGAUGCAGGGAUCCAGGUCGCGAACUUCAUAGCCUACGGCAAUUCCACCGCCGUUCGUGCGCAUUACGUGAUCUUCUGGGAGCUCAAACGCAGAGAAGGGAUCAACAGAGAGCUCUUGGAGAGAUGCUGCUCGAGUAUAGACAGGUCUUUCAAUCCGGGAUACACUGGAAAGAGGCUGGAUGGAGUGAUCGACUCGCUGGAGCUGGUGAUUGUCAAGGAAGGGACGUUUGAGAGGCUGAUGGAGGAAGCUGUGAGGAAUGGAACAUCGCCAGCGCAGUAUAAAACUCCAAGGUGUGUGACCUCUCCAAGAAUGCUGGAAAUUCUAGAGUCUAGACGCGCCGAGAGCUACAAGAGUGGCGAGAUGCCCAGCUCUGUGUUAGAGAGCUGGGAGCCAAGCUUUCCACAAGGCAGGCAAAAAAAUUAAGUCAUUGGAAGUCAAACAAGGUUGAAUCAUUUAAAGACUUGACUUAAAGUUA